AUGGAGAAAUCGUGGAAAUGUGGGGACUGUGGGAAGGGAUUCAAAGCCCUGUCUGAGCGGGAAACACAUCGACGCAGUCACACCGGAGAGAGGCCAUUCACCUGCUCCGAGUGUGGGAAGAGAUUCACUCAGUCAUCCCACCAGCAGAGACACCAGCGAGUUCACACCAGGGAGAGACCAUUCACCUGCUCUGAGUGUGGAAAGGGAUUCAUUGAUUUAUCUGUCCUGCGGAUGCACCAGCGAGUUCACACCGGGGAGAGACCAUUCACCUGCUCUGAGUGUGGGAAGGGAUUCACUCAGUCAUCUCACCUGCAGAGACACCAGCGAGUUCACACUGGGGAGAGGCCAUUCACCUGUUCUGAGUGUGGGAAGGGAUUUAGUGAUUCAUCCACACUGCUGACUCACCAGCGGGCUCACAGUGGGGAGAGACCAUUCACCUGCUCUGAGUGUGGGAAGGGAUUCACUCGAUCAUCCUACCUGCAGAUACAUCAGCGGGUACACACUGGGGAGAGGCUGUUAACCUGUUCCGUGUGUGGGAAGGGAUUCAUUUUCUCAUCCCACCUGCAGAGACACCAGCGAGUUCACACUGGGGAGAGGCUGUUCAUCUGCUCUGAGUGUGGGAAGGGAUUCACUCGGUCGUCCCAUCUGCUGAGGCACCAGACAAUUCACACCGGGGACAGGCCAUUCACCUGUUUUGAGUGUGGGAAAGGAUUCACUCGGCCAUCCCAUCUGCUGACACACCAGCGAGUUCACACCAGG